AUGGACAUCGAUGAUAUUUUAGCGGAUUUAGAUGAUACUACAAAUAUUCCAACUUCUUCGUCAUUUAAUACGUCAGUAUUCAGCAUAAAUAACAAUAAUAAUGAUAGUUCAAUUACAGAAGAGAAUUCAAUAUUAACAGAAGAUGAUACAUUAAUAGGACACCAUAAUAACAACACUCAUAAAACUGAUAACAAUACUACAAUCACGUUUCAUCCUGAAAAAGAUUACCAAGAAUUAAUAACCACAUGGAGAAAUGAACGUAUGGCACCGGAAAUACUACACUAUCCAGAUAAUCUAAUUAAAAGAAUCUUAUACUAUGUUGAACAGCAAAUCGAAUACAUUGAAUAUUUAUCUUUAGGAUUUGACAACGAUAGCACAAGCACAGAUAAUAAUGCUAACAGAAAUGUAAAUACGAUGUAUAAAGAUAAAAAAUUAUCACUUUUGUGUAUGGAAGCUGAACUAGAACGAGUAAAAUUUGUCAUUAGAAGCUAUAUUCGUUGUAGAUUAAGUAAAAUUGAUAGGUUUGCAAUAUAUCUACAUCAGUUGAUAAAUCUAGAUGAUAUCGGUAACGAUGAAUUAAGCAAAAGCGGAUUGGUUAGUAGAACGGAAUAUAUGUACUUAGUUAAGCAUUCUGAAUUGCUUUUAAAUCAUUUGCACAAUACGGUUUUAAAGCAUAUGCAUGAAAAUCUGCAAGCUAUUGAUGAUAACAAUGGUAGUAUAGAUAUGGUUACUAAGCCACAAUUGGAUAACUUUGUUUUCAUUUUUGUAAGAGGAAGAAAUCAAAAUACUAAUGAUAAUAAUAAUAAGAAGGAUAAGAAGGAGACCUAUGUAGUGCAUAUAGAUGAUGAAGAGAUUGAUUUGGUUACUGGUGGUAUUUAUAUUAUAAGGUAUAAUGUUAUUAAGAAAUAUUUGGAAGAGGGUUUGGUAGUACUUUUAUGA